AUGGCAACGCGCAGCGCAUCCGCGUCGAAAAUCCCGCGCCUGCUGCGCUCAAGCAUCUGGCAGAGCUCAAUGCCGCGAGGCCAGGUGCGAGGGUCUCCAGCUUCUCCCGCGCUUGUCCCACAGUCGCGCAAAUGCAGCUCCGCCGCCUGGGCUGGCCACCUGCACCACGGAUACCGGGGACGCACGCUCCGUCUGAGUUGCGCCACGCUGCGUCAAGCACGAGGGGGCCGGGAGUGGCUCUCCACAACACCGCGGCGGGCGUUUUCGGCGACAGCUGCUCUGCCCAAGGAUCACCACUUCGACACGCUCAAGUUCGUGCAACGGCUGAAGGACGAGGGCCUGACGGAGGAACAGGCGGUGGCCAUGAUGAAAGUCCUGAGCGACGUGAUUGAGGAGAGCAUACAAAAUCUUACGCGGACCAUGGUGCUCCGCGAGGACCAGGAGCGGGCCACAUACACGCAGAAAGUCGACUUUGCGAAGUUGCGUUCCGAGCUGUUGACGGCCGACUCGACCGAGAUGUCCUUGACGCGCGCGUCGCACGAACGACUCACCAACGAGAUUGCCAAGCUGAACAGCAGGUUGCGGGACGAGAUACAACGCACGCAAGCCAGUGUCCGAUUGGACCUGAACCUCGAGAAAGGCCGCAUCAGGGAGGAGGCCAACGUGCAGGAACUCAAGCUCAAGGAGACCGAGACCAGGAUCGAGCAGGAGACGGCGGUGCUCAGGGAGAAGCUCGAAGCCGUCAAGUUCACGACUUUGCAGUGGUUGAUGGGCGUGUGCACGGGUACGGCAGCGUUGAUUCUCGGUGCCUGGAGAUUGCUCAUGUGA